AGAGAGAGUGAGAGAGUGAGAGAGUGAGAGAGAUAGAGAAAGUGAGAGUUAUCAUGUUCUCUGAUGAAGAUGACCACCCCUAUCACCUUGGAAGCAGGAUAGCAGGUGUUGUCCAGGGGUACAGGCCACAGGUGGACUGGGGGGGCGACGCAGGGUCCGCUACCAUAGUCCUCGGGGGCCAUAAUGUCAGGGUUGGCACCUCGGGAUGGCGUCGAAGGUGCCUCUACCUGUUGCUUCUGGCACUGUUGGCACUGUCCAUCGCUAACCUAUCCCUGACCAUGGUGGUUCUGCACACGACUUAUUUUAAUGUGGACGGUAUGGGUGACCUCCACAUUGUCGGAGGAGGACUGGACAUGGAAGGGUCAACUCGCUUCAUGGACAAGGUCCAUGCAGCGGAGAUAAAGAGUCGGAAAGGAAAACAUCUUCUAAUGGAGGGAUAUCACAACCUCUCCAUCCAGACCACCUCCACCCACCUCUCCGAUUCCUUCCUCCACUUGGGUGUAUCCCAGGUGACAGGGGGCAGCCCAGUGGUUGAGGUCAGGUCAAGCACUGGAGAGCAUCUGUUUGACUCCCAGCUCAACGGGUCAACUGUAGGGGCAAGAAGAUUGACUGUGACAGGUUCCCAAGGCGCGCUGUUUGAGGGGUCGGUGCAAACUCCUCUACUCUUCUCCAAGGGCGUUCAUGAGCUACGGUUGGAAAGCAUCACAAGGAGGUUAUCAGGACGAGGAGCUAAAGACGUGAAUUUAGAGGCGAGGGAUGGAGAUAUAUCCGUCAUCGCCUCGUCCCACCUAACCCUCGGAAGUCAAAAUGGAGUUCUCCGAUUCGACAACCCCAAGAUAUACCUGUCUACCUUACUGGUGGAGGGGAGUACUGGUGGUGGUGAUGGUGGUGGUGAUACUACUGCUACUACUACUACUACUACUACUACUACUACUGCUGCUACUACUGCUUCUCCUCAAGAGACACAAUUACCUCCACCAGGGAGAGAAGAACCCUCCACUACGCCUCUCCCUCCCUCCUCCUCCUCCUCCUCUUCCUCCUCCUCCUCCGUUGAAGUCUAUCAGGUGUGUGUGUGCCCCAACGGACGUCUGUUCAUGAUGGAGGCGCUGGCGGAGUGUGAGUUCGCUGACAACGUGUGCCGCUGAAGUCUCCCUUAAAACGGACUCAUAGAAAACGGGAAGAAACAACAAAGAAAAUGGGAGUAAGGUUGCCGCAGAGGAGGAAAGGGUAGGGGGGAGUUUUCUUUUUUUUUCUUUGUUUUUCUUCUUUUCUUUUUAUUAUUUUGUUUUCUUUUCUUUAUUUGUCUUUAUUUGUUCUUUUUUUGUUCUUGUUCUUUUUCUUUAUUUCUUUUUUCUUUCUCUCUUUCUCUCUUUCUAUCUUUCUUUCUCUCCUUCGUUCUUUCACCUUCUUCUUCUUCUUCUUCUUCUUCUUCUUCUUCUUCUUCUUCUUCUCAUUAUUAUUAUUAUUGUCAUUAUUAUUGUAUGAGAAAUGUUGAGAAUCUUUUA